AUGUCCUCCAUUGAUGAAGCCGGUGCUGUCCGUAACAUACUGCCUGGAUACAGUAACAUCAGCUCUAAGUUGUCCCUUGCCAUGGCCUCAUUGGUCUCCGCUGUGGACCAACUCAAAAAUCAGCAAGAUCAGCUGAAGGAGCAGCAUGAUGCGCUACCAAAGAAUUGGAGUUGGUCAGGCGGAUGCCCAGAACCAACUGGUUGCUGGUGA